UUUUGUAUCUGGCACUAGUUUUAAUCAUUUUUUUUUGUACUAGGUCAAACUGAAUAUAUCAAUGUAUAGGCUCAAAUGUCGUUUUUAUAGCUUUUGGUUUAAGAAGAAAGGGUUUACCUGGAUUGGAUUGUUCUCAGCACUCAGAUUUGGCCUGGCUGCCAAAGACUUCUACUAGUUGAGUUCCCACUUGCGUUCGAAUUGAGGGUUUCAAUCUAUUUGAGUUAUUUUCAUACUACUGCAAUGGGGAGUCGUGGCAAGAGAGUUUUGGUCACUUGUAGCGAGGACGAGGUCUCGCUCAACAUAGCCUUCCAUUUGGCCCGAAGAGGCUGCAGGCUGGUUUUGAUGGGAAAUGAGAGCUUUCUUGAGAGUAUUGCCCAGAAGAUAGUGUGUUCUGUCAAGGGGGCUGGGCCAGUGGAGGUGGUUGGGUUGGAUAUGGAGGAAGAGAAGGAGACAUCGUUUGUUGAAGCAGUGGACAAGGCUUGCAAUACUUUGGGGCAUUUGGAUGCUUUUGUGCAUUCCUAUAUGUAUGAAGGAAAAUCACAAAACCAUUUAGAAGUGACCGAAAGUGAGUUCCAAAAGAUAGUGAAGAUAAACUUCAUGGCUCCAUGGUAUCUGUUAAACGCGGUUGGAAGGAGAAUGAGGGAUAACAAGUCAGGAGGUUCCAUAGUGUUAUUGACCUCAAUAGUUGGUGCUGAAAGAGGGAUUUAUGCAGGAGCUGCUGCCUAUGCUUCAUGUGCUGCUGGACUCCAGCAGUUAGUCAGGGCAUCAGCUAUGGAUAUUGGGAGAUAUAAAAUCAGGGUCAAUGCAAUAGCCAGAGGGUUGCAUAUUGAAGAUGAAUACCUCAAAUCAGUAGGGAAAGAAAGGGCAGAGAAGUUGGUUAAAGAGGGUGCACCACUAGAGAGAUGGCUAGACCCUAAAACUGAUGUGGUCUCAACCAUUAUUUAUUUGAUCAGUGAUGGAUCAAGGUACAUGACAGGCACAACCAUUUUUGUUGAUGGAGCACAGUCUUUAACAAGGCCUAGGAUGCGUUCAUAUAUGUGAUUUUCCCCCCUUUUAAUUAAUUUUCUCAGCUGUAUUCUUUUUUGUUCUUAUAGUUUUAUUAUCAUACCCUUCAAAACAAAAAGAAAAAAGAAAAAUAUUCACUGACAUGAGUUUGAUGCAGCAAUUUUAGCUUACAAGGUUCUGUAAUUUUCAACAACAGUACUUGUAAUAAUAACAAAUAAAUGAUCUGUUGUUAUAUAUACAGAAGAUCUUUCAUA